AUGGUCCCAAAGGAAGAGUGGCCCGUACAUUCUGUUUGUGAUGUUUCAACUUUCACUCUCCUCCCUCAAAAUGUCAGCGAUUUCCGAUCAAGAGAUCCACCGCGCUGGAGACCUAAACACACUCCAAUAUUCGUCAACCAAUGCAUCUAUGACUCCUUCUAUUAUCCUUCCGUUCUAAUUCUCAUUGCCUCUCAACCUCCAAUGGAACUUUCUUUUCCGAUCUCCACUGACUUCCACCGUCAUAGACUCUCAGUCUCUCUCCAUCGAUUCGAACUUGUCUGCUCCACUACCGUCAAAUUUCGAUCAACUUCCAUCCGUUCUCAAACACCCCUGUCUCUUCUUACUCUAUAUGAAAAUCAAACCCCUCCGCUCUGUUUUUUCAAAUUGCUCCCCAAACCGGUAGCCUAA